GGGAGGGGGUGCCUGCACAGAAGGUGGAGUUCUGUCUCAUGUGUGUUGAAGGAGUCAGCUGAGCGAGGAUCCUGUGGACGGUGCACGUUUGACCACUGAAGACUGCAAUAGGAGUUCGGCAACGUUACAUUUGCAGAAUAUUGCAUAUUCUUCAAGCUCGCCCAUACUGAAGCGCGUGUUGCUACGUCUUUUAUUUUCCAGCUGACGGAGAGCUCCAGCUCCAAGGUUCUUGUUACACCAAUCAAAAGUGAAUGUGAUACCCGAGAGAGAGAGAGUUUAUAAAGGGAUAAAAUGGCUUUAGCCGGAUGUCCGGAUUAUUUUCUUCACCACCCAAAUUACCAGGACAAUGUUGACCGGGCUGCCACUCACAGACCACCUGAUCUGAUUGGACCAAAUUUCCAACAGUCGUCCAGUCGGAAUUCACCUAACCAUCAUGAGGACGACGUGGACCUGGAGGCCCUGGUGAACGACAUGAACUCCUCCUUCGAGAGCCUGUACUCCUCAUGCGGCGUGGCAGCGGAGUCCGCCCCCCUGCUCCAGAACGGACAGCUUCACCGGGCGCACGGCUCCGCCCACCGGCCGGGCCCCGCCCCGCUGCAGCCCACGUCCCCCAAACAGAAGGUCCGCCGGUCCCAGCCCAUGCACAUUCUCGCCGUCAGGAGACUUCAGGAAGAGGAGCUGCGGACGUCUUCGCUCCCCGCCAUCCCCAACCCGUUCCCCGAGCUCUGCAGCCCGGCCGGCUCGCCCGUCCUCAGCCCGGGAUCCUUACCUCAGUGUCAGCCCUCCGGCACAUACAUCGUCAAAAUCUUUAGCGAAGAUGGCACAGGAAAAGUAGUGGAAAUCCCCGCGGACAUGAGUGCCCGAGACCUCUGCCAGCUGCUGGUGUACAAAAGCCAUUGUGUGGAUGACAACAGCUGGGCACUGGUUGAGCAUCACCCUCUGCUGGGGCUAGAACGCUGUCUGGAAGAUCACGAGCUGGUGGUUCACGUUCAGGCGUCGAUGACCAGCGAGAGCAAAUUUCUCUUCAGGAAGAACUAUGCCAAAUACGAAUUCUUUAGGAACCCCCUGAACUUCUUCCCUGAACAGAUGGUAGCAUGGUGUCAAGAGACCAAUGGCACAAUUCCACAGUCACAGCUGCUACAGAAUUUCUUGAAUUCCAGCAGCUGUCCCGAAAUCCAAGGGUAUUUAUACAUGAAAGAGACGGCCAGAAAGUCAUGGAAGAAGCUGUAUAUGUUUUUAAGACGGUCAGGAUUGUACUAUUCAACAAAAGGAAUGUCAAAGGAGCCAAGGCACUUACAGCUUCUAGCAGACCUAGAGGACAGCAAUAUAUUCACAGUAAUCACUGGCAAGAAGCUUCACCAUGCCCCAACGGACUAUGAAUUCUGCAUAAAGCCCAACAAGGUGAGGAACGAGUCGAAGGAGCUGAGGAUGCUGUGUGCGGAGGACGAGCAGAGCCGGACCUGCUGGAUGACCGCGUUCAGGCUCCUGAAGUAUGGAAUUUUGUUGUAUCAGAACUACAAGAUCCCCCAGCAGAGGAAAACAUCGCUCUCACAUUUCUCCGCCCCAGUGCGAAGUGUGUCAGAAAACUCUCUGGUGGCGAUGGAUUUCUCAGGGAGAAUAGGGCGUGUGAUCGAGAACCCCAUAGAAGCAAAGAGCGCGGCUAUGGAGGAGGGCCACAUGUGGAGGAAAAGGAGUCAGCGAAUGAACGUCCUCGGUAGCCCCAGCCCGCUCCACCCAUCGUCACUCAGCACAGUGAUUCACAGGACACAGCUGUGGUUUCACGGACGGAUCGUGCGGGAGGAGUCCCACAAGAUGAUCAUGCAACAGGGUCAAGUAGACGGAUUAUUCCUCUUGAGGGAGAGCCAGAGCAAUCCAAAGGCGUUUGUCCUCACACUGUGCCAUCACCAGAAAAUCAAGCAUUUCCAGAUCUUGCCCUGCGAAGAGGAUGGUCAGAUGUUCUUCAGCCUUGACGACGGCGCCACCAAAUUCACUGACCUGAUACACUUGGUGGAGUUUUACCAGCUCAACAGAGGAGUCCUGCCUUGCAAACUGAAACACCCCUGCACAAUCGUGGCCUUGUGACCUUUGACAUGACACUUGACUUGACUUUGCCUAUAAAACAAACGCGCGCAUAAACUGGAUUUGUUUUGUUUAAGAGAAAAAAAACCUUUCAUCUAUUUAUCGUUUUCCACUCGUUAUAAGCUGACGGAGAGACCCUCAAAUUAGAGAGCCUUGGAAUUCUGCCAUGUUUCAGGAAUGCGAAGGACACGUUCAAAAAGUUUAAAAUAAAAUAAAAGAAUCACACAGCAGACUCAGAAUUCCAUCAAAGUUUCGAUUCUGAGCUGCUGAUACCCGCCCAAGCGGCGCUUGUUCAAAACUGUUUUCUCGAUAUUUUUCUUGCACAAUCAUCCAUCCAUUUCUUUAGGCUGGCCUACUUCAAAAAAGAAAAUAACACACGGUAGAACGGUGAUAGGAAAGUGGUGGCAAGAGCUCAGUGUGGAAUAUUUCUGUUUUACAGCUUUCAGUGCAAGCUUGAGCAUUUAGUUGGCCACAUGCAUUUGGUUCUUCUUGUUUUGUCUGUUCCUCUUAGUUUUAGAGUUCUAGGUUUUAUGUUUUGUGCUCCCUGUAUGUUGUCAGUCUCUACUGACUGAAAAGAGUGUUGCACAGUAUUCUCUGCUUCUUCAUCCUCGCUUGAAAAUGCUUCCAUGAGAAAUCCCUCCAUGUUAAUUGGAUUACGGGGAAUCUAUCCGUGAGAAAAGUCACGGCUGAGGGCUCUCUUCAAGGGAAGGCUCCCGCAGUCACCCAUCACCACGUGCCUGUCUGCGGACACAUUCCCUGGAACCAUCGGGAAUCUCCCAAACAGAUUCACCCUAAAAUGCCAGUCAGUACAUUCAGAAGGAUGUAUUUUGUACCUUACAUUUGUUUUUCUGCCAUUUUAUUUUUUUAGGUGCUGAGGUAUUCCUUGUUUGCUUCGUAGAUCUGGGUAAUGCCGGUUUAUGAUUCUGUCACCUUUUAUUUAGACCGUUCAGUUUUUACAGUGGUUUCUAGACUGAUCUCUCUGGUCUGGUAUGCUUGUCGAUAGCCAGGCCAUGUCUGAUUACUCCAUAUUACUGCUCCAAAUCAAAGAGAAAUAAGAGAGCUAAUUUAUCUGUUCCUUUGAUGAUGCACUGUCAUCAUUUACCAUUAUUCCAUGUCUAAGAAAUUUCUCAUUGGAUAAACGUAUGUAAUUCAUACGAAUUUGAACCACUAAACCCCCAGAUCAUGUACAUACAUACAUGAUUAUUAUAAGUGACCAUGAAAUGGCACUCCUUUUGGUCUGUAUGUAGUGUACUUUACAGUGAAACUGGAAACCUGCUUGACUUCCUUGAAUGACUCUUAUGUGGAGUCUGUUGAUCUUACUCUUACUCCAUUUCAUUCUGUCAUGACUUCCUUGUGCAUGUUCAAAAUGGAUGUACUGAAGAGCAGAAGAGCACUUGAGCAUGGGCACAGAUGCGGAGCAGAAGGGGGUCCUUUUCUGCCUGGUUUUGUUUCUAUGGUGAAUGAAGUCCUCCCAGCUCACGACAGCAUUGCUAGAAAAGAUUCCCGUAUGUAGUGUUUGCGGUGUGUUUGAAGCAAGUGAGGGAAAGGCUUGCAGAACUGAGAAGCUAGUGAACAGGACUGCUCACAAUUAGGAUUAUGUUUAUCUGACUGUCUUCAGGGUUGCCACAGCCUCCAUAUUUAUUUGAAAUAAAGCAGUUACUUGAAAUGAA